AAUACUUGUUUGAUUACCUAAACUUCCGCGAUUUGCAUUUAAAGAUGAAUAAAAUGUUUUUGGGAUUUCUCUUGCUAUAUGCAAUCUUCUGCUUUUUGGGCACCUCAGAAGCAGCUGUGGCUUUUGGUGUUUUUAAGGAUCCCGCCCAUCCCGGCAAAUGUGUCGUUGAAUCGCUAAUUUUAAGUCCGGGUCAAAGUGGUCGCCAUCCGUCUAUGUGUGCUCGUGUGAACUGUUUAGAGAACAGCGUAGCUCAAAUACACACUUGUGGCGCUGUGGGUCUUCCACCAGGCUCUACCUUUGGCGACUUCAAGAAUCCUAAUGCCGACUAUCCAACUUGCUGUGAUCGCCAUAUUAUUAAGGCCAACUAAGAGACCCUUUUUGUUUGUAAUAAAUUGAUGUGUGAAGAUUAAAAUCAAUAAGAUACAUAUAAGUACAAACAAGUAUGUAUGUAUAUCUGUAUGAAUAUAAAUGAAUCCCGAGUA